UUUUCCAGUCAAAAAAGUUUGUUUUCCGAAAUUGUGAUAACGAAUUGUGAUUUGCAAAAAUUUUGUAAUUUCUUUUCUUCGUCCAUAAAAAUUCAUAUUUUCCUUUAGCUUUUUGUUUUAUUAAUUGUUUGUGUGUCAUUGAAUUCUAAAUUGAGUAAUGGGUCAAAAUCACUCCGGAGCUUCUGGGAGUGGUAGCGGAGGCGACAAGAAAGAUGACAAGGAUAAAAAGAAGAAAUACGAACCUCCUAUUCCUACCAGAGUUGGCAAAAAAAGGAAACGUACCAAGGGACCGGAUACGGCUUUGAAAUUACCCCAAGUUACUCCUCAUACUAAAUGUAGAUUGAAAUUAUUAAAGUUGGAAAGAAUCAAAGAUUAUUUAUUAAUGGAAGAAGAAUAUAUUCGUAAUCAAGAAAGACUAAAACCUCAAGAAGAGAAGAAUGAGGAAGAACGAUCCAAAGUUGAUGAUUUAAGAGGAACACCGAUGUCUGUCGGAACACUCGAAGAAAUCAUCGACGAUAAUCAUGCCAUUGUGUCAACUUCUGUGGGUAGUGAACAUUACGUUGGUAUACUUUCGUUUGUGGAUAAAGACCAACUUGAACCUGGAUGCUCCGUUUUAUUAAAUCAUAAAGUUCAUGCAGUAGUUGGCGUUCUAUCUGACGAUACUGAUCCUAUGGUAACUGUUAUGAAAUUGGAAAAAGCUCCUCAGGAAACGUACGCCGACAUAGGAGGACUCGACACGCAAAUUCAAGAAAUCAAAGAAUCCGUCGAGUUACCCCUGACUCAUCCCGAGUAUUACGAAGAAAUGGGUAUAAAACCACCAAAGGGUGUCAUCUUGUACGGUCCUCCAGGUACUGGUAAAACACUUUUAGCUAAAGCGGUAGCCAAUCAAACUUCUGCCACAUUCUUAAGAGUAGUCGGAUCUGAAUUAAUUCAAAAGUAUCUCGGUGAUGGACCAAAGUUGGUCAGAGAAUUGUUCCGAGUCGCCGAAGAACAUGCUCCUUCUAUUGUUUUUAUCGAUGAAAUUGACGCAGUUGGUACUAAACGUUACGACUCAAAUUCAGGAGGAGAACGUGAAAUUCAACGUACUAUGUUGGAAUUAUUGAAUCAGCUGGAUGGGUUCGAUUCUCGAGGAGACGUCAAGGUUAUAAUGGCAACGAAUAGAAUAGAAACAUUAGACCCUGCCCUGAUCCGUCCUGGUAGAAUAGAUCGUAAAAUAGAAUUCCCUCUUCCCGAUGAAAAAACAAAAAAACGUAUUUUUAAUAUUCAUACUUCGCGUAUGACGUUGGCCGAAGAUGUGAAUUUGCACGAGUUGAUUAUGGCAAAAGAUGAUUUGUCUGGAGCAGACGUUAAAGCUAUUUGCACGGAAGCUGGUCUAAUGGCAUUGAGAGAACGUCGUAUGAAAGUCACUAAUGAAGACUUUAAGAAAAGUAAAGAAAAUGUUCUCUACCGUAAGAAAGAAAGUACUCCCGAAGGCCUCUACUUGUAAACGUGCUAUCUUCUUCAAAUGUAAUUGUAUUAAGAUCGAAUUUUGUGUUAUAUUAUUAUGUUUUAUAUAUCGGUAAAAAAUUUGCUAUGUAACACUCCACGAAUUAUAAUUUAUUUCAAUCUUAA